AGUCUCCUCCUCUGCUUCCAUCUCCUCCCCCCCCCAUCUGUCCAUCUCUCCCGCCAAGCCCUCCUCCCUGCCCCUCUCUCCCUCUCUCCCUCUCUCCCUCCCUCCUCCUCUGUGCGUGGAGAGUCAGAGGGCUGUGCACAGUGCCCCGUGCACUGAGCGCAGUGAUGAGACACACGGCCAGGCUGUGGGUGUGCCGUCUCACCACUUUGCUUGUCAGCGGUGUCUUGGCCUCUGCGAUAGCCAUCACUGAGCACACAGAAUCUUUCUCUCCCUCUCUCUCCUGUGAGAACUCCCCACUCCGGAUCUCUCUCCUGGUCCUGCUGGACAGCUCAGGCAGCGUCACACCCUGGGAGUAUCGCCACUUCCUGCUCCUUCUGUCCCGGCUGUCCGGGCGACUGAACUGGGGCCCGACUCAGGCGGCUCUCGUCUCGGUUAGUGAGGAUCCACAGCUGGUGUGGCCCUUUGGGCAGCACAGGGCUACCUGGGAAAGCUUACCAGGGCAGCUACAGCAGCGCUUUGGAGACAGCAAUGCUGGGCAGGCUUUCCGGUGGGCCCAGACAGUAUUCCGCCAGGUGGACAGACAGACCGACAGUCAGGUCCUUCUCUGGCUGACGGAUGGCCACUCCACCGAUGAUGUCAUCAGCCCCGCCCAAGCCCUGAAGAAGGAGCUGGGGGUCAGAGUCCUAAUGGUGAUCUCGGGGCACGGAGGUCGUGGGGUCUCAGAGGUCUCCAGCGAGGGGGGGUCCAUCUUUGCAGACCCCCAGAAUAUCCCAGAGCUGGCCGGGCAACUGUGUCACAUGAUCACUGGAUCAGUGCCUUCCGUCUCUCCCUCUGUCGCCAUCUCCCACCCUCAGCCCACCUCCCUGCCCGUCUCCUGGCCCCCUGUUGCCCUCGCUCCCUUGAAGCACCCCUUCCUGAUGGUGCAGGCGAACCACAAGUGGAGAGAGCGAGCUCUCUGGAGACAAGAGUUGGGGAGAGAGACCCACAGCGCCACCUUGUGGAAUUUGACCACCUCCCGCAGGCAAAAGCCACUGUUUGUUAACAUCACCACCUCAGCCUACACUCUGACAGGGAUCUCAGCAAUCAAAAGAGGCUCCCGUUCGCUGUACCUCUCCCUCCCCCCUUCAACUCCCUCACUCUCCCACUAUCACCUCAUCUAUGGAGCGCCGGGGUCAGGGCUCAAACCUCGGUCUCUGAAGGUUUCGGGGUCUCGGAGAGGAGUGUGGCUGACCUCUCUGACCCCCGACACCGAUUACCUCAUCUCUGUCACCGCCCACUACCAUGAAGGAAGCACAGCUCCCAUUUCCCUGAGAGCCAAGACACUGACUGAGAGAUUUACUCCACCUACUCACCUCAUGCUGACCGACAUCACUUCCUCCUCCAUGACGGCUUCGUGGGCGGAGCCUCCAGGCAGACAGGACGUGAGGCAGUACCGGGUGCGCCACCUGACGGGGAGCGGACAGGAAGUGACCUCGCUGAGGCUGCCCGGCCACACCCGGACGGUCUUCCUGCGCGGCCUGCGGGAGGGGGCGCGGCACAGAGUGUGCGUGUCCGCAGAGUACCGCCCCGGCCGCAGCCGGGAGACCUGCGCAGAAGAGACCACCCGGAGAGCUCCAGUGAUGCAGUGCUGCCACUUGCCCUACUGGUGUCAAGUACUGGUGUCAAGUUCAAGAUGCAGGAAGUAAAAACAGUCACAGUCACAAGCAGUGCUUGACUCGGACAAGAUACAACUGGGCUACAGCCCCAGGCACACAAUGGAGUAAGCACAAACACUGAAGGAUUGUGUCUAUAAUAGACUGGGGCUUGUGAUCACUAUUCAGGGCCUGCAGCAGUAGGUGGAUAGUAAUUACUCUGGGGUGCUAGAGUGAUGUGCUUAGAUUUGCCAGUUAUCACUCUCUUAGGGUUUGAAAUGGGAGGUACUAUUUGGACAUGGAAAGCUCUGAAGUAUUAGUCAUAAACACGCCUUUCAGAGAUUAAAAAAAAACAAACUUUGAUUCCCACAAUCCCUUCAGCAGAUGUUUCCCCGCAGUGACAAUCUGGGAAUUGUAGAUUACAAUCUGUUCUGCUGGUGGUGCAUAACAGGGUACAAACGGACAGAUUUAUCUUUUUUAAACAGAUAAAUCAAUAAACAUACAAGCACAUAUGGUAUGUCUACUGUGAGUAACUAUAAACCACCAGGCUUUUAAAACCAGAUCCGGAAGGAUUACUAAAAGUAUUAUUUUUUUGGGGAACAAAAUGGAAAUUAAAGAGAGCUGGGAGAUUUGUGUCCAGGCUAUAUACUGUAGGUAAUUAAUCUCUGCAGCACCUAGUGCUUGCCUUUCUCUGGGAAACACACUUCUUUAGGUGUUUCUUAAGAAGGCCCUCAAGAGCUCAAAUCCCAGCGUUUGGGUUCAUUGACCUUUUAAAAAGCAUCAUGUGGUUUUUUUCUAUCCCUGUUAAGAGAAAGUGACUGAAUUGUUGUUUUUUUGCAGUUGGCUUUGGGUUUUUGGGGCAGAUCCCGAAGAUCACAGAUAGGACGAGUUACAAAGUAGGGGACGGGGAAUGUUAUACAAGUCUUGAGACCCGGAGGACACAAAAAUAAAUAUCGACAGAAAUAAAUGCUUUCCUCGUUUCUCCCCCAGAUAGGAAAAAUGAUCCUGAAUGCUGUCUAAUAUGGGAGGGGUUUUAGAUUACCCGAAUAAAAACAAUCUUUGAUUUGCAAAUCCACUAACACACAAAGCCUGUGACCGCGUGGUAUAGAGACUGUGGGUUCACUAUAUUAGUAAUUAUAGUAGUAAUUACAUGGGGGAUAUACAGUAUUUUUAUGUGUUGUACAUAAACUCUGGAAUAAAAGGUGAUACGAAUAAUUUUCAGAUGGAAGUGUUUUCUUUGGCAGUGUCUUUCAUUUUCCCUCUAAAACUGUCAAACUGCUGGGGCCCAAAAGCUAAUGUGCAAACCUCUGGAUUUCUGUGUGUGCCUGUCUCUCGAUUUGUCCUUGUCUGUCACUCUGCCUGUCUGCUCUCCUGCCUGUGUGUCGGCCUCUCACUCUGUUUCAUUUGGGCUCUGUCUGUCUCCCAGUCUGUGGCCCUAACUUGCCCCAGGAAUGUCUCGCUGUCUGCUUCUCAGUCUGUCCCUCAUUCUGUGUUUACAGUCUGCCAAUGUCUCAGCCUCCCAACCCAUCUCUGCUGCUUUCUGU